GACUGGGAGAGAGGGAGGAGAAGAAACAAGCGGAGAAAGAACGGAGGGGAGGAGUAAAGAAAAGACUGGAGCUCUGCACGGAGGACGUGAACACACUGGAGAGGAGGUGAGUGAUGUGGUAUGCCGAGAAUUUGAGCUUCAACACGGGGGACUGUUCCGGUACCGUCACAGUCCGUUAAUGACCGGGAACGUGAAUAACUUUCCAUAUUUUGUGUCGGGCGACGCGGUGCUGUGGCAUCUGAGGGCCCGCUGUGGUGCAAACAAGUCCGGGAGGUGGGGGAGAGGAGACUGGGAGACUGCAGAUUCACCGAAGCCAACGACGCUGCUUCUUCAGUAAAGCCCUCCCGAUUGGACGAGAGUCUCAGUAUGGAUGCACUGCAUCUUGGAGUUUCCCACAAUCCUUAGCUCUCUGCCGUGUUCAGAUCUGCAGCUGAGUCUACUGAACCCUGAACCGUGAGCAGCGCCAGUCUGUGACUGAACUCCUGUCAGGUGAUCUGUCUUGUGCCAGGAUGAUGUCAGUGGAUGUGACCAAUCGUAACGGCCCCGCCGCCACACCUCCCACCUCACUCAGCCUUCGCUCCUCGCACAACCAGCUACUUAGCAGCGACGUCAUCAAACAGGGCUCUGCCACGCCUCCCAAGUGUCGCAAAAAGUAUGCACUCACUAGUAUUCAGUCUGCCAUGGGCCUCGGAGAAGCAGUACCACCGUCACCGUCACUGCCAACCUCCCCGUCGCAGUCUUCAACCCCCAACAAUCCAAAACUAGCCAAGAACGGGGUCAAUCAGCUCCGUAAAGCGGGCCAGGACCAUAACAAAAACACUACUUGCUCUGACUUGAUAGGUCUGGAGUGUAAUUCAGAGACUUUAGCAGAUGACCUCAAUGUCAACACAGCAGAUGAGCACGACAGCCACACUCUCUCCAAUAUUGACCGAGAGGAUGAUGUCAUUAAGUCGGAUGUUGAACUGCACCCAGACGCCGGCACUGAUGCUGAGCCCGAACAGAAAACCGAAUCCGAUGUAGACUGUAACAUAAACUCGUCUGUGGAGCUCCAGCUGAAUGGCAACACAACAGAUAUGGGCUUUGACUUGAACAUUGAGGCAGAGGAGAGUGAUGACAUCAGCAUUUUGUCUGAAAAGGAAAUGAUCUCAAAGAUGAAGAUUGAGGAAGAUGGAGAUGCAAUCAUCCAGGACCAGGAAGAUGAGGAGAAUAAGCCGUUGUUGACAAAAAGUGAUUCUUCAGUGAAUAACAAAGUUUCCGCGGGCCUGGAACUCAUCACUGACCUCCACUCCAACAUCAAGCUCCUCAAAUCGGGCAAGGAGUCUCCCGUGCCGCCUCCUCCCUCCCCACCACGCCACGCCAGCCCAGAGGACAUGCCCUUACUCUCUGCGGCUUCCUGCUCCUCCUCUUCCUCCUCCUCUCCAGAGACAAAGAAGGACAGAAGGACUGGUGCAAAGACAGACUGUGCUUUGAACCGCAUCCAGAACCUGAAUCCCAGUGACGAAGAGUUGAGUUGGACCACUCUGUCCCAGGAGAGCAAUUCUCCAGAGGAGACAGAUAUCUGGAGUGAGCAGUCAUUCCAGACAGACCCGGACCUACCUCCAGGAUGGAAGAAGAUCACAGACAUGGCUGGUAUCUACUACUGGCACAUUCCGACAGGUACCACCCAGUGGGAGAGACCCGCUACCCGCCAAGCUCCUCCGGGUCAGAUGGAGCCCCAGACCCUAGACGACAACACAACCGUCACACCACGUAAACACUCUGUGGGCUCACUCAGCCCCUCACCCACUCCUGACCUUGAGUCUUGCCAGGCAGAGAUUUUCUACAGGGCCUCAACACGUUCGGGCAGCACCACCUCCGAUAGUUCGGUGGAGCCUCUCUCCUCUCAUGAGUCCACCCUUCCCACAUGUGGAUUUGUCAACAGCUGCUACUUUCCUCGUUCCACUUCCCUGCAGGGAGUAUCUGACCAAGAGUGUCGCUCUCAGCUUCAUGAAGACGAGGACAAGAAACAGGUGUGGAGUGAUUUUGGCGGAAAGAUUGAUAGUGAGGUGUGGAAGGAUCUACAGGCAGCCACAGUGAACCCUGACCCCAGUCUGAAAGAGUUUGAGGGUGCUACACUUCGUUACGCAUCACUCAAGCUAAGGAACCGUCCAGCAGUAGAAGAGGAGGAGUCGAGCGGUGCCAACAGUGACCCAGAAACAAAGUGUUUUGCAGUGCGCUCUCUGGGAUGGGUGGAGAUGGCUGAGGAUGACUUGGCUCCGGGAAAGAGCAGCGUUGCUGUCAACAACUGCAUCAGACAACUGUCCUACUGCAAGAAUGACAUCCGAGACACUGUCGGCAUCUGGGGAGAGGGAAAGGACAUGUAUCUGGUGCUGGAAAAUAACAUGUUGAACCUAGUUGACCCCAUGGACCGCAGUGUGCUUCAUUCUCAACCAAUUGCAAGUAUUCGGGUCUGGGGCGUUGGCCGGGACAAUGGCAGAGAAAGGGACUUUGCAUAUGUGGCAAGGGAUAAAAACACCAGGAUCCUGAAAUGUCAUGUGUUCCGCUGUGACACGCCAGCCAAAGCCAUCGCCACCAGCCUGCAUGAGAUCUGCUCCCGGAUUAUGACAGAGAGAAAGAAUGCCAAAGCGAUGGCAGGAGGCUCUCUUCAGGACAGGAUGCAGGCAGGUCUAGAUCUCCCCUUACAAGCAGAGUUUCCCACACCAAAGACGGAGCUGGUUCAGAAGUUUCAGGUGCUCUACCUCGGGAUGCUGCCUGUGGUCAGACCAAUAGGCAUGGACAUACUGAAUGGAGCCAUAGACAGUCUGAUCAGUUCUUCCAACAGAGAGGACUGGACUCCAGUAGCUCUCAACGUGGCAGAUGCUACAGUCACCAUCAGCAAAGACAAGGAUGAAGAAGAAAUGUUGGUGGAGUGUCGCGUACGCUUCCUGUCUUUCAUGGGCGUCGGUCAUGACACGCACACGUUUGCCUUCAUCAUGGAUGCUGGCGGGCAUCGCUUUGACUGUCACGUCUUCUGGUGUGAUCCCAAUGCUGGGAGCGUGUCCGAGGCUGUUCAGGCAGCUUGUAUGCUGCGGUAUCAGAAGUGCUUGGUCGCUCGUCCUCCCUCCCAGAAAGCCUGCAGCUCAACACCUCCCGGUGACUCUGUGUCCCGUCGGGUCUCGACCAGCGUGAAGAGAGGUGUCCUGUCCCUCAUCGACACGCUCAAACAGAAGAGACCUGUCACUGAGUUGCCACAGUAACUGCCACAAACACCAAUCACCAAUGUUAUGAGCCACAUUGCUGCCAAACCUGUCGCCAACCACAGACCCAAACAACUACUCAAACACAGCAAAGCCCCACGGUUUGGGAAACCGUGUCACAAUUCCCUCACUUUUCUGGAGCAAAUAGGAAUUUCCCCUCAAGAGUUUUUUUCGGCUCUCGAGCAGAAAUUGGACGUUUGUUUCCUCAAAAAAAAACUAAGACCAAUAAAGACUGCGAGCCCUGAUCAAGAAGGAACACACAACCUUAAGAAUCCACCGAGUGAUGGUCAUGAAGGCGUUGAUGUACAUAGAAGUAAACGCUCAUCGCGCUCAGCACAGAUGAGGAGAAGAGAACAAAUAUUGUAGAAGUAGGAAGUGCUCCUUCAAAGACUGCAAGCUCAUUGCUGCCCAAACUGCUGAUCUCUCCACGCUCUUACUGUAUUUGUGUCUGUGCCUGUGCUGCCAGCAUGACCUUGCACACCCGGCCACACCCCACUGUCAUUCACCCAUUUGUCCAGUUAACCCCAACGCCCCCCCCCCCACUCCGCCAACUGACCCGAAUCGCCUAAUGUUCAGCAGUCGCUAAGAGGGAACUCUUCAAAUCCUCAGCGUGCGAAAACCUGCUAACCAGACCUAGAUCUCAUUUCCAGCAUGCUGGAAAUUUGAUCCACGUCAAGCCGGCCCAGUCAGCCAGAGACCAGGACGGGGUGAGAGGGGCUGAAACCCAAACAGGAAGACAAAGGCAGUUCAUCACAGCAAAGAAGAGGAUGAUGGGAAAAAGAGAAAUAUAGCAUCCCAAAAACAGAGUUUGUUGCAAAAGGGGUUCAGUGGUCGACCUGUACACAUGAAGCAGAGCUAAAUUAAACCUGGUUUCCCUGUGCCAAUGUUCACAUAUCCCUUUGUGACCACUAUGAGGAGAUAAUGUCAUGUGUUUCUGGCUCCUCCUGGUGAAAUAUUGUGAGAGACGUGUAGUGACAACCACUGAAAAAAAACAACUCCCGAUCAUUAGAUCCUGGUGUGUGGGACGCACACAGCAACCCUCGAACUCUAAAUGUCGUGUCGUGUCUUGUGGACUUGGUUUUAAAGAUUCUGGCCUCACACUCAUCUGUUCAACUGAUCGUGCAUGAACUUUUUAAAUGGAAAAGUGGAUCCUUCUAUAGACAAUAUCAAUAACACAAAUGCUGCUUCCAGAAAAAAAAACACAUUUGUUGUCUUCAACUGUGCAAGCUUCAGCCUGGUGGUUCUAAACGAGUGGUGGCUUUUCACCCGAAGACACCUUACGUACGCCCUCGGUUUACGUUUAUUUUUUCUGUUUGUCCCUCAGAAGGUGACAGACGAUAGCCAUAAUGAAGGAAGAGACGCAGGGGUGAACUUUGUUAUUUAGCCCGCUCUCCUCCGCUUCCCCACUUUGUCUUGAACGGUGACUGCUGCUCCAAACACCGUAGACGUCAGCAUGUUGCUGCCGCCGCCGCUGCUGCUCUUUGAUACACAUGCUGGAGGAAAUUUGACUUUAAAUCCCACCUCAGUAUCUGUCCUCACAGACUCAGUGUUCACUAAUAAAAUGGGAUUGGCUUGAGGAAAAAAACCUGGAGGAAGAAAAAGAAGAGCAGAGGAAUGUGGUUUUCUUUUUAUACCUGGUUCUGGUUGAGAUGUCUGAACUGAGACGAGGUGAGAUGGAGAAAACUAUUUCAUCUGCAGCCGUGGCCGUUUGAGACGGAAGAUUAAAGAGAGACAUGUAGACUCCAACCAGCAGGAUUCUCCUGGGCUGCUGUCGAUCUGUCUCCAGGCGUCUGUUCACCUUCUUCGUUUUUUGUUUUGUUUUUAAAUUCUCGGUUACUGUACAUACGCUUUCAUCAGAGCCACGCGAUCACAUUAUUUCUUCUUUUCUCACACAAAUCCCAAUUAUUCACCUCUACAUCCUCACUGUCACAUAUCUGACGUCGGGCCCUUAACUUCCACAUGCAGAAACGAUAUAGAUAAGAUCUUAAGACAAAACCAGAAUCAUGCUGUAAGACCAGAGACACAAUGAAAUAAACCAUUCGUUUUUAUGCUGAUGAGCAAGUGUCAAAGAGGAAGAGGACGUCAGGAGUUAUAAAAUCAGGAGUUAUAAAAUCUUAGUGUUAUCCUUGAGAAUCCACUCACUUUAAACAUCUGAAUGAUAAAAAAAGAAUUCUUGUGUUCAAAUCAAAACAAAGAGCCACCUCACUGCGUAGUGUCUCCAACUUGAUCUUAUUUAUCAUUCAGUUUAUGGAGUAGAUUGUGGAUUGUGAAACAUACUGUUGGCACACAACCAAACUCUGGCGAUGAUGAAGCUGCAUAGAUAGAGAAUCAUUCAGAGAAACCAGUUGUUACAUUUGAGACCAGAUUAUGCUGUUUUCUUAGCCAUUAGAUGCACAAACUGAAACCAGUCACGAGGUGACUACUCUAUGUUCCGUUGAGCGUUUCCAGGAGAAGCUGUGUGCUGUUUAGCACCCGACUAUUUCUCCUGCAGGAGUCACAGCCAAGCAUCAUGAGUGCCGGGUAAUAAAUAAGCUGAUGUCCUGCUGUUCAUUCAGCGUGGGAUGUAAACUCUCCAGCUCCUCCAGCUAAAUAUCGUUGUAUAGUUUUACGUUUUCUGUAAAACUCGUGGUUUAUUUCCGGCUGUACAGUACAAGGAGUGACUCGCUCGACGUAACAAAAAAAUGCACAGCUGCUCCUUUAACUCCCCGUGCAGCUCACGUGUUUAUCCACUGCUGAGAUGACUUCACCUUGUUUUUGCAGUCCGUCUUGAACAUAGACUGGAUGUAGGAAGUGGACGUAGUCUUCCAGUUGAAAAAAGAAAAGCUCCUGUUGUUAAGCCUUAGGAUUUGCAAUUUGAGCAGCACCGUGUGUCAAGUUUGUGAGACCAAAAACCCAGACAUUACCAGCUGUCAGUCACACCGGGGUCCAAAAUUGACAUAUGGCCUCAGAGCGACGGCAUCCACUUUGCUGAUGAUACAAUUCAAAUAAGAAAUAGGCUCAUUUUCCAGCACACUUGCACUUAAAUAGAGGGUUUUUUUUUAGCAACCAGUGGAGUUGCCCCUCUGGUGGUUAAAUGCUACUCCUGUCCUACUUCUUAGUUUGGAAAGCUACGUCCAUUUUUUUUAUUGAGUCUAUUGUUUUGAAAAAUCUAGUUGACAGAUAGUCUCUUAACGACAGUUGAUUAAAUGAACAAAACGCCACAGUCACUAGUUGGAAAACAAGUUUUAAGAGCUUGUCUUAAAAUGUUUUCAUGAAAUGAACCUUGGUUUUUAUUACUGAGACACAGUUUAUCUGUAUAAUGUGCUUUGUGAGUAGAAGAAGAAGGAAAGGCUUCACAGACGUAGUGACACAGGCGACCAGGCUGUUGCAGCUGAAGGAGUCUGGUUUUCUGUGUUAAUAUCAUCCUUGUAAAAAAAAUACACUAUGAAGGAACCGGGAGUUUAAUUUUUGAUUUUUGUUGAGGAGAACUCGGCCACAUCACUUUCACUGUGUCACAUGGAUGUUGAAAUGUGAAUGAGAAGACUACAGUUUGUUGUGUACAUAAUAUCCAGUCAGUGUAACGUUUGGCAUUAAUCAUUGUUAUAAGCUAAUCUCUUCAUUUUUGAAUGUCUUCACUUUUUCCUGUUUCUUUCCUGAAAUGAAAUGCCUUUUUUGAGAACUCACAAAUGGCCAAAGUGUAAAGUACAGAUAUACGUUGUUGUAGAUAAGAAAAAAAUACGAGCGCAAAUCAUUUGGAAAAUUUCACAGCCGUCAAUUAAGUUGAUGCUGAAUUUAACUGAGCAAUUAUCUAUGCAUUCUUUUGAUCUCAAGAAAUGGAAAGUCGUAAAAAGCCUUGCAUGCCCUCGGAUGGUUGAAAGAGCGACUGUAUGUACUGAACAGAAAUAUUUUUUAUUUUAUUUAUUCUAUUUUAUAAAGGUAUAUACUGAUUUUAUUAGUUGAGGUAAGUAAGGUCUCUAGCCUCGUGUUGUCGUCUCGGUCCCUGGUUCACUCACAAGGCUACAACGAGCUCCGCUUUGCAGAAAACGGCAGAUAAAGGAAUAUAUAUAUAUAUGUCCACUCUGUACAGUGUCCUGAGGACUGGACGUCCACUGCUGCAGGAGUGAGGGAGAGGAGGAGGAGGAAGAUGAUGAAGAAGACAGCAGUGGACUCUCAGUAUCUCUGUCAAGUUCACACAUAAACAAUCUAAAAAGGAAAACACACACAAACACACAUGCGUACACUCCAUUUCCUGCAAAUGGACGUGUUGGCUUCUGUUUGCCGUUCACCGAUUUCUACACUUUAGCGAUGUAACCAAACGUGAGAAUAAACAGCAUUAUAAAAUACA